AGAGGAAAAUAGAAGUGAACAAAAAAAACAGCACUGGUAGUCGGUUGUCCCUUGAUGAGUAGGGUACAACAUCGUCAUUGAGUACUUUUUUAGAGCCCUAUUUUCCACAAGAAGAAAAAUGCGCAUUUUCGGCAACGUAGCGGCAAAAGCCCGCGGCGUUCCUGCCGCUGUGGCGCAAAGCGGGUCUCCUCGACAUAAUCACGUGGCCCCCGGUCGCAACACGACACGUCUAGAGGAUUUCCGGCAAGCGAAUGGGGGUAUUCCUUUCGAGAGAAUUUCAAGCUAAACUGCCUAUAUUAAAAUUUACAUAUGUAGAUCAUGAUAGAAGACUCAUCAUCAUGACCACAUGAUUCUCAUCGUCAACAAUAAUUUUUUGUCAUUUCAGAGCACGAACAACUCGACGAUGCCAAUGUUGUGCAGCAGGAUCAUACCUACGGGGGUUAUCCGGGACAGGCCCAACUAACCGGUCAAGAGCGCCUGCCAAAUACGUGGGAGGGAAAUUAUGCUCCUCAUCUCUCGCAAUCUCAACAGCACUAUAAAUCUCAACAGCACUUCAACAGCAAAGGCUUCGCGUUUCACAACUCCUCUACUCCACCAGCAGCUACUAGUGCAGCAACUUCUCCUUCACUUCUUUUUCCACCUUCCUAUUCGUAUUAUCAUGGCGGUCCGACUCCGACGACUGCAGCGACUCCAAUGCCAGUACCUGUGCCCCCCCCUCCACCGCUGUUUCGGACUCAAGUAGACUCUGCACAAGACCGCAUACAUCCACAAGACCGCGUACAUGAUCAUGGAGCCAGCAGCUCCUCUACCUUCUCCAGUCAUGCUCAAUCUUUUGCUGCGCAUCAUAAUUCUCAAGCUCAAUCUUUUGCUGCGCAUCAUAAUUCUCAAGCUCAAUCUUUUGCUGCGCAUCAUAAUCCUCAUCAAGGUCAAUCUUUUGCUGCGCAUCACCAAAAUUCAGUGGUCAGAGAGACAGCUGCACCUCCUUGUCCUACUAG